AUGGCCUUCGACACGUCCUCCCUCCCGCCCGACCUGUUCGACACCACCACCAUCAUCUCCCUCCUCUCCACCGUCGCCAUCGUCGUCGCCGCCUACGCGACGUCGCGCGCCGUCCUCGCGCCCGCCACCUCGGGCACCCUGCGCUUCCUCUUCAUCUGGCACCUCGCCGACGCGCUGUGCCACUUCAUCCUCGAGGGCAGCUUCCUCUACCACUGCUUCUUCUCCUACCUCGAGACCGGCGCCUCCUCGUCCUCCCCCAUCCCCGACCUCGCGUCGCUCGUCCCCACGCCGUACAACUUCCUCGGCCAUGAGGACCGCCGCAUCUACGGGCCCCAGGCCGGCGGGGCCAACCCCUUUGCGCAGCUGUGGAUGGUGUAUGCGCGAGCCGACCGCCGCUGGGCCGGCGCAGACCUUGGCGUCAUCAGUCUCGAGUUGCUGACCGUCUUCUUCGAUGGGCCGCUCGCCGUGUACGUGUGCUACCUCAUUGCGCGCCGCGACCCCAAGGCGAGCGUCUGGAUGAUUGUGCUGGCCACCUGUGAGCUGUACGGCGGCUUCAUGACGUUUUGCCCCGAGUGGCUCACCGGCAACAUCAACCUCGACGGCAGCAACUUCAUGUACAUGUGGGUGUACCUCGUCUUCUUCAACAUGCUGUGGGUGUUUAUCCCGCUCUACGCCGCGUGGUAUGGCUUCCGCGACAUCUCGAACGCGUUUGCCGUGCGGGCGGCCAAGAAGAACAUUUAG